AUGAAAGAGUUGUCCAGGACACACGGCUUCAACCCUAACCAGGCUGCAGCAAUUCAAGACUGCGUCGCUGACAUCAAGGACUCGGUGAAGGAGCUUCAAAAAUCGGUGACGGGAACGGAUAGUGACGCCAAGAUGAGAUCGGGCGCAUCCGAUUUUCAGGUUCAGUUGAGGGAAAUUCAGGCAUGGGUGAGAACUGCGUUGGAGGAAGAGGAGCUUUGCAUGCAUGCAUUUCCUGUUAAGGGAAUGAAGGGGAAACUCAAGACGGUGGUGCGUGGGCGUAUAGUUAAGACUGCUCAUUUGACAAGCAAUGCCUUGGCUCUUGUCAACCAAUAUGCCUUGGCAAAACCAAAUUAA